AUGUCAAUUCCACUGACGCGACUGGGCGACAGAGCCUUCAGUCAUAGCGAAAACAACGAUGUAGAAGCCGAAUACGACCGACUUAGGGACUUGGCUCGACAGGAGGCACGGAAACGCGGUGACUGUUUCGAAAGGUCGCGCCAAGCGUACGAAAAUGGUGACGGCGCCGAAGCCAAGCGCCUCUCUAACGAGGGCAAGAAGCACGGCGCCAACAUGGAGCGCUACAACAAGCAGGCCUCUGAGUACAUAUUCCGGGAGAACAACAACCCGGAGCGCGUAGCCGAGGACACCAUUGACCUUCACGGCCAGUUCGUCGAGGAGGCCGAGGACAUACUCGAAGCCCGCAUCCGCGACGCUCAGGCCAGAGGCCAGAGGCACCUUCACGUAAUCGUCGGCAAGGGUAACCAUAGCGCUGGCGGCGUGCAAAAGAUCAAGCCCCGCGUCGAGCAGGUGUGUCGGGAACUGGGUCUCGACUUUGCCACCGAGGCCAACGACGGCCGCAUCUUUGUCGACCUGACCGGAGCCAAGGUCGGGGCGCCGCCGCCGCUGCCGCCGCAGCCUGGUGGUGGGUAUGGCGGUGGUGGUCACGGGCCCAGCCACGGAGGUCAUCAACCUCACCACGAUGCUGGUUACGGCCAGGCCCACCAUGGGGGAGGUCAGCAUCAACAACAUCCGCCGCAACAGCAACAGCAACAGCAACAUCACCAGCAACAGCAGCAGCAGGACGACGAUCUCAUCGGCAUGUUGCUCAAGAAGAUUCCUUGCUGUGUGGUUAUGUAA